AAACCACUGACACAUGUAAACACACAUAGAGCAGACUACCUUGUUUGACAGCAGACAGUUCAGGCCCAGCUGUUGAACGCAUAAUGACGCCUGUUACGAAGAUGCUGCUCAGCCUCGCUCUCCUUUCUCUACUCAUCUCACCUGUGCUGUCACUUGAUUGCUACGUGUGCACUUCUGCUGCCACUAAUGAACAAUGCAACACGAACAAUGAGGAGUGUCAGGCGCCGCGGGACACCUGUAUGACUGUUGUGGACAUUUUAGGUUCUGCCAAAGUCAUCUCGAAGCAGUGUGCGAGCCAGGCCACAUGCAAUGGAGCAGCUGCCUCCGCCUCUGUGGACUCAAACGGGAACGGGAACAUUGUCGACUGCUGCAACAGUUUUAACUUGUGUAACUUCAGCGGAGCCGAGUCUGUUCACAUCCACACAGCAGUGCUGCUUCUAACUGCAGGUGUGCUAUUCCUGCUGUCAUGCUGAUGUCAGAGGGGUCGCACUCUGAGAAGUGUAGGGAUAAAUGUAUCUAAUAGGCUUUGAUUGUGUAAUAUAAUAUAAUAUAACUAUCAUGUAAAGACUGUUUAAUCCUGUUAGUAUUUUGGCAACACAUAGAGCUUGUUAAUAUUGUUUUUUACAUGGUUGUAAAUUAUUGACAGAAACCUGACGUUCUUCAUGUUUCUGUAUGGAAAUGCUUUUAGUGUUUUGUAAAAAAUGGAUGGGGUGCCGGUAACCUAGUGGUUAGUGUGUUACCACUCUCUCUCUCCCCAAUUUCUGACUCUAUCCACAGUGCUGUCUUUAAAGUAAAGGCAUAAAAAUCCCACAAAUAAAUGUUUUCGAUGUACUAUGAGAUAUUUCUGAAUGUUUCAAAACGGUCUAAAAUGACUUAAAAGGGUUUAAAUGAAUUUCCAUACAGUAUUUACAGGUUAGACUUAUAAGAAAGGUCAUUAAGUGUCCGUGCUACAUUCAAUUAAUUCCAAACAGGCUGUCUCAAUAAAGGGACACAAUCUGUGGAGUCAAAUUUUCUGUUUUAAGACUUCAAAUGAUGAAAAUGAAGACUUAAAAAACAAAGAAAAAGAGGAACAUUCUAAGACAUAAAAGG